UCGAUGCCCCCCAAAACCAAACACAGACUUGCUCAAUCUGUGAAAAAGAGGGAGAAAGAUAUGGGUAGGAGAGCUGCUUCAAGGAACGAAGAAAUGGCUCACAUGCCUCAAGGCACAAAUCCCUCAUCUGAAAGAGUGGAACCGCAGCCUGAAGCUCCACGUUUGGAGAUGAUAGAGCAAACUAAUUCAAAGCUUCCUGAAGCUCCACGUUUGGAGAUGAUACAGCAAACUAACUCAAAGCUUCCAAUUGAAGAACAGGGUACCAAAACAUCUAGGAAAAGGCCAAAGUGUUCUGGUGCUGUUGUUAGGCGAUCUUUACGUAUCCAAGAUAGUAUUGUGCCUACUGAAAAUCAGAAUAUGGAGCAUGUGAUUGAAGAUGCAACCGUUAGCGAAGGUGAAAAUGAAGAUGAGCAGCCUGCUCAUAAAAUGCACGGGUCAACCUCAGGGGAGAAAAGCUUGGAAGAAAAAGUUAACUAUCUUGUACAACUAUUGGAUACAAUGAACUCAAAGGCAAGGAAUAAAAACUCUGACUUCUGCGAAAGCCCAGCUUCAAUGUACAAAAGCUUGUAUGCAGAUUCCCAAAAGAUUAAGGCGUUAGAAACUGAAAACCAUCAACUUUCUUUGAAGUUGGAAGUUGCUCUUGCCAAACUUGAAGCAUAUGAGAAUGGGACUCGUGCUUUCUCUGAAAUGGCUGAUAAAUUGAAGGAUUUGAUUUUAGUCUCAAAUUUGGCAAAAGCUACUGAAACUGCAGUAAAUCUGUCAUCUCAAACAGCACGUGGAGCUUGUUCUCGGAAAAAAAAACCAGCACGUGGAGUUGUUGCUCCUCAGGAGGACGUGCUCUCUCAUUUAAUUAACCCAAAAGGGCCAACUGUUGAAGGACCAAAAAUUGCUGCUAAGAGAAAGAAAUAAGAACGUGAAGGAAAUGGAAGGUACUGUUGAAGUUCACCAAUUAAUGUGAUUAGUUUAACUAGUCUUUGUAAAAAAGGGAAACCUGUUGGUACUUUGUUUUAUUUUUCUUGAAACUGAGGGAAUGUUUCAUGGAAAACUUAUGUGUAAUAUGUACAUUUGGUUUGUGCAUCGUAGACUUCAGUGUCAAUGUGAUGUAUGUUCGUUUGAA